AUGCGUCCUACGGCCUUGAUCCCGGUGCUCUUUGGCCUCGCAGCAUUCGUGCUGACAAUGCUCUGUAUAUUUGCGGGAAGCAAGAGAGACUUUAUGCAAGACUACUCUAUCAUCACACUAAACACCUCUCGUAUCGGCACAAACGUCUUCAAUACAACCUCCGACACAGACUCCGACUCCAACAUCUUCGAAUCCAUCUGGGACAAUGUAACCAACAGCAUUGAGUCGUCCCUUAACGACAAAAUCAACUCUUUCGCCCAAGAUCUAGGUCUCCACGAUUUCUACUCUGCACAUUUGCUUGAUUACUGUAGUGGCUACUACACACCUACCGAUCUUCCCAACGCCACGGUCUCAAAGUCAGACAUCGACCAGAACGUCACGUACUGCAGCAAUCGCACCUCCUUCUUCCAUUUUAACCCCACCACCGCGUUGGAGACAGAGUUGAACAAGACUGGACUAGGAAUCACACUUGAAGAUCUACAUUGGCCAGACGCCGUAAACGAUGGCAUCCGCACCCUGCGUAUCGCCCAAAAAGCUGCAUUCAUCCUCUACUGCAUCUCUGCCGCCCUCCUCCUCAUCGCCACCCUCGCCUCUCUCAUCUCAGUUUUCUUCUCUGGCCGCUUCUCCGCUUUCAUAGACAUCUCCCUCUGGUUCCUCGCUUUCUUGGCCAUUGCCCUGGCGUCUGCUCUUACUACUGCUGUUGCUGUCAAAGCUAGCAGUGUAAUUAAUAAACAUGGCAGGAGUAUUGGGGUGGAAGCGCAGAGGGGGAAUAAGUUUAUGGCGAUUACGUGGGUUGCGACGGGGUUGGCGGGGUUGAGUGUUUUUGUUUGGGUGUUUGAGUGUCUGAGAGGGAGGAGGAGGGAGAGAUAUGUGGGGCAUGUUGAGAAGUGA